ACACGCCCCUUCGCUGAACUAUUUUCUAGACAGUCGUUCGAGUAUUGGAAGAGAUUCCAAGUAUAGCAUACAGUACGGGUGCAACUAAAUACUGCUGACCACUUCUGCACAUAUAGGUCUCCUCACAAGCUUCCAAAGUGCCAUCGAAAGAGAUUCAAAAUGUCUAUGGCGGGCUAUGGGAGGCGACAUGAUUGAUUUAGGCAUUAUCAACUUGAAGUAUAUUGAUGCGUUACUCAAUGAGGGGACAAAACUCUGCCUGGCAAAAGAUCUGCUUUCCUCUGACUUCUUUCCCUUUCACUCAUCCAUGCCUGACUCUAACAUAGGUUGACAUUGAACAUGUCGAUCGAAGGACGCAUGGACCACGAAGGUAAAGGUGAGUCACCAUGACAUGCCAAUUUCAGUAGUGCCAUCCCCGUGCCAUGACCAAUGACUACUAUAGUUUUCGCAUGAUACACCAUGCUAAAAAUGAACAUCAGUUUAUCACUUCACGGGGACGUCGGAUCUCCCGGAUUUGUGGCUAAUGUACACUCAUCCUAAUUAAUCCUGCAGUCUUCUAUCGCACGCUCAACAUGUGACAAAGAUCAACUCGUAUCCUUGUAAUUAUGCAUGGGCCUGCGUAGAGGAACCAUUACCUCCGAAAGUCUCUAGCACGUCAGCUAUCUCACUUGGAAAAAUUUACGUGUUGCUAUAGCGCUCUUCAGACCAGUAUGUAGCGAGCAAGAUGCACUCUCCGAACCGACCGUUUGAUCACGCACAGGAGAGCUGAAGGUACUUAUACCCAUAAACUCAAUGCCUCAACAACACCUCAGGAAAAUACCAAUAUACCACCCCGACAACAUAGCGUCUGUGCAUACACUCAAUGGCGUCCACCACGGCCACAUACAAACUCGCUGAUCUCAUUCCUCUUGUCCCUCUUCACGGUCGUACGAACCCUCAUUAUGCCGCUGCCGCCGCGGAGUCCUCGAGAUGGGUUCUCAGCUUUAACGUCUUCUCCGGUAGAAAACGGGAAUUUUUUGCUCAAAGCCGAAGCGAACUCUUGUGUUCACAUGCCUACCCCUACGCUGGCUACGAGGAACUCCGGACUUGCUGCGACUUUGCCAAUAUUCUCUUCACCGUCGACGAGAUCAGCGAUGAGCAAACCGGAAAGGAUGCCUAUCAAACUGGCUAUGUCCUUUUGAAUGCUUUACGCGAUCCCGAUUUCAACGACGGUUCCGUCUUGUGCACUAUGACCAAGCAGUUCAGAGCACGUCUGUUCCCCCGCAUGGGACCAGCUUGCUACCGACGAUUUAUUAAACAUGCAGAGGAUUACGUCAAUGGCUUCACCAGGGAAGCUGAAUAUCGGGAACUUGGUGUUGUGCUCGACAUGGCUUCCUAUGAAGUACUCCGUCGGGAGAACAGCGCCGUCCGUUUUUUCUUCGGACUAUUUGGCUAUGUCUUAGGACUCGACCUCCCUGAUGAGGUCUUUCAUCACCCCGUCAUGAUGGAAAUGCAUCUUGCUGCGGUAGACACGGUUUGCUGGUCCAAUGAUCUCUACUCUUACAACAUGGAGCAGGCCAUGGGUCACACCGGGAACAACAUCAUGACUGUACUCAUGAAGGAGAAGAAUCUUGACCUUCAAGGUGCCGCCGAUUACGUCGGUGAAUACUUCAAAGUGCUGGUUGAUCGGUUCUUCGAUAACAAAUCACGUCUUCCUUCGUGGGGAGCCGAAAUAGAUCAUAUAGUUGACCAAUUCGUCAUGGCCAUGGAGAGUUGGAUGAUUGGAAAUCUGGAAUGGAGCUUCGACAGUGAGCGAUACUUUGGGCCUCAGCACGAGAAGGUGAAGGAGAUGUUGAUUGUUGAGUUGAGCCCAAAUAGGGUUUAAGUCAGACUUGUCUGAUACUACAUUUCUCCGGGCUAUUUCAUGUCAGGUUUCGCGCAUUUAUAAUAGCAUCUCCCUGUGCACAUGUGUUCUUACCUCGCAGAGCAGAUCAAGGUAGUAUACUGUAUUCGUGAUAACCUAGAUAGGUACCAAUGCACUUAUCUUUGCGAGC